AUGAGGAGCUUCCAGAAUCUGCAAAGUGGCGCCACCGAAAGACGCAUGAAAGGUGGCAACAUUGAGGACGAACACUGUUCUCAAGACAGCAAUGCACCUGGAACGCUUUCCAUGGCGAACAGCGGGCAGCCGAACACAGGUGGCUCGCAGUUCUUCAUCAACAUUGCAGACAACAGCUUCCUUGAUUGGUUCUCCCCAGGUGCCUCGAAGCACACGGUCUUCGGCCGAAUCAGAGGCGGUUUUGAUGUGGCGGUGGCCAUUUCUCAGCAACCCACCAACGAAGAUCGGCCCAAAAAGCCAGUGAAACUUCUGGCCGUGAAGAUCAUCGAGACCGACGAUCGCGAUGCCCUGCUUCGCGCCUGCCACGUGGGGCACCUGGCGGCCGUACGUCUGCUGCUGCAGGACCCUGCCGUCGGCGUCAGCGCCGCGGCAGUCGACGAGGCGGGGCGCAGCGCGCUGGAGCUGGCGGCGAGCGCGGGGCAUUCCGCCGUGGUGCGGCUGCUGGCGGAGCAGCUGGAGGGGGAGACUUGGAAACUUGGAAAUCUCAAAGCUCAACAGCACUGGUGGCUGCCAGUAGUCAUGGAAGAAAGGAGGUCCUCCGCGAGCUCCUGUCGUUUCGCGCGGACCUCAAUGGCUGCGACCCUCACAGCGGGCUGCAGCCGCUGGCCGCGGCGGCCACGGGGAACCACUUCGCUGCGGUCAGCGCGCUGCUGGCGGCGCGCGCCGCGGUGA